GUUCUUCAGGUCAUUGUUCCAUUCCACUCUUACCACUAGGUAACCCUGACCAAGUUAAUAAGAACUGGCAUUUCGAUGGCUCUUUAAGGUCUAUAAAGUGCUUUACAAGCAUAAGCACAUGUAAUCCUCACAACAACCCUAUAAACUGAGUGGUGCUAUAAUUUACAUUUUACAGUUGAGGAAAUUGAGGCCAGAACCAUAUAGCUAGUAAGUGUCUAAGACAGGAUUUGAACUCAAGUCUCCCUGACUUCAAGUUCAGUACUCUAUCCACUGCACCGCCUACCUGACCCCUUAAGCCUUUAGGUCACUUAAUUUCUUCCUGCCUCCAUUUCUUGCUAAUCAAGACAAGAAUUGAAUUUCUGCUUCUUCUUAUUUCUCAGAAGAUUAAAUGUGUAUGUGUGUGUGUGUGUGAAUGUAUAUAUGUAUCUGGAUAGAUACAUAGAUAGCCAAAUAGAAAGAUAAAAUCAGAGAUGGAUGUAUGGAGACGUGGAGGGAUGGGGAGAGAGAGAAAAAGAGAUGAGAGAUAGAGACAGAGAGACAGAGAAAUGAAGACAGAGACAGAUAGAGACAGAGACAGAGAAAGGCAAAGACAGAGAGAUGGAGAGAGAGAAAGAGGGAGAGAGACAGAGAGAAGGAAAGCGAGAGAGAGAGAGACAGAGAGAGGGAGAGAGGGAUAGAGAGAUGGAGAGAGGGAGAGAGACAGGGAUGGAGAGAGGGAGAGAGGGAAAGAGGAAGAGAGACAGAGAGAGGGAAAGCAAGAGAGAGAGGAAAGAGGGAGAGAGAGACAAAGAUGGAUAGAGGGAGAGAGGGACAGUGAAAUGGAGAGAGGGAGAGAGGGAAAGAGGAAGAGAGACAGAGAGAGGGAAAGAGGGAGACAGACAGUGACAGACAGAGGGAGGGAGAGAAUAAGAGAAAGGGAGAGAGGGAGAGUCAGAGAUGGAUAGAUAGACAACUAGGUAGAUAGAAAAAUAGUCAGGCAGACAGAUAGACAAAGAGAGAAUCAGAGAUGGAUGGAUGGAUGGAUGGAUGGAUGGAUGGAUAGGUAGAUAAAAAAAUAGACAGAGUGAGAGAGAAAGAGAAAGAGAAAGAAAUGAACUAGACCUGUGUCUAGAGCACUGAGGACUUAAGUGACUUAUCCAGAGUCAUACUACCAGUAUGUAUAAGAGGCCAAACUGGCACCCAUGUCUUUCUGACUCUGAGACCAGCUCAUUAUAAUACAUGUGUCUAUCUUCUCUCAUCUACAUAUAUAGAUAGAUAUAAUGUGUGCAUGUCAGCAGACAUAUACAUACAUGUAAGAUAUGUUUAUAUACACAUACAUAUGACGAGCCAGAGGCAUGUCCAUUGAAACAGAUCUAGCUACAUCUUUCUCAACUGCAGAGAAGGAAGGUGGGUACUAGCAUGGCAUAAAGUCAAGCUCUGAGAAUUCCCAGUGCCUCUUGGGACUUGCUUCUCUGUACUCUCAGAUGAUCAUCCUGUUCUCCCUGAGCCUCCUGUUUGCAGUAGUCAGAUAAAAGCUGCCUGGCUUCACUUUCCUUUCUAUAAACUUCCUUCUUAAAACUCACACGGAGUUAAGGCUGGAGGUCUCUAAUCUGGAGGAAAAUGACAUGUUAAAAGUAGAACAACAACAAAAAAGGAACCCACCACACAGCACACCUCAUUACUUCUGGCACAGGAUAAAGACGAGUCAGGCUCUUCAGCCAGUGAUUAUUGUCUAUUGUUCCCAGAACAGUAAACUAUUUAAUGCUGAUAAUGUCUGGCUGGAGUUAUAGCUAAGCAGCUGGCUCCUCAUGAAUAUGUAGUGAAAGUCUGACCCAGAAAAGAGGGACAGGUAGGAAAGAAGAAAAAAAGAAAGAAAGAAAGAAGGAAGGAAGGAAAGAAAGAAGAGUGAGGAAAGAAAUCUUCCAGUGCUUUUUGACACUCGAGUUCUGAAGUGUACACUCAGUGGCUGCCCACACCAGGAUGGGGGCUCGGAGAUGCAGUGGCUGCCUCAGUUGUCUGAUGAUACCCCUCGCACUUUGGAGUAUUAUUGUUAAUAUCUUGUUAUAUUUCCCAAAUGGACAGACAUCAUAUGCAUCUAGCCACAAACUCACCAACUACGUGUGGUACUUCGAAGGGAUUUGUUUUUCAGGCGUCAUGAUGCUUAUAGUAGCAGCAGCUCUCCUAAUACUGGAGAGGGAUACACCGUAUAAAUGCUGUCAGAGUGAGAACUGCAGCAAAAAAUAUAUGAGUUUACUCUCCAUUAUCUUUUCUGUCCUUGGGAUUGCUUUCUCUGGAUAUUGUCUGGUGAUAUCAGCGUUGGGUUUAGUGCAAGGACCGUAUUGCCGUACCCUCAAUGGCUGGGAGUAUGUAUUUGAAGACACCACAGGGAGUUUCCUCAGGGAUCCUAGCACAUGGAGCCAAUGCCUGGAGCCUGCUCAUGUUGUUGAAUGGAAUAUUAUUUUAUUUUCUAUUCUUAUAACACUCAGUGGCCUCCAAGUGAUCAUUUCUCUCAUCAAAGUAAUCAUCGAACUCAGCAAACUACUGUGUACAACCUACUCAGUUAUUAUACAGCCUGGAAUCAUUUGAACAAGGAAAAGAGUCGUUUCCAUGAGUUCCAGAUCUGGCCAUCGACCUCAGUUGUAUAGACUUGUGGAUAUAAAUACAAAUUCAAACAAUGUGACUUCUUACUGAUGCUUCUCAUUCUUCUCCAGUGCUAAUACUAAUACCCUUUAUGGAAGGUCCAAAUUUCACUGAGACAAGUUAAUCAGUUAGUCAACAAACAUUUAUUAAGCAUCUACAAUGGGCCGUGAACUGUGUUAUGGACUAAGCAUAGUCCAGAGAUAUAAAGCUGAAAAGGGCCUUAUAGUUUAACCCCCCUCAUUUGAUAGAGAAGGAAAAUGAAACCUUGAGAGUUUAGGUGCUCACAUGUGUAGUAAGCUUCAGAGGCAGGAUUUGAACCUCUUGACUCAAGGCUGGUGCUAUUGCCACUGUACCAUAAUGCCUCCCAUGAUCAGUCCUGCCCUUCCACUUUAUUAUGGUCAUUCCCAAAUCUGAGAGGCAAGAGGCAGAAGGGAAAGUAAGCAAAGAGGAUGUAAUCUAUAAAAUCUCUGCACAUGUAUGACAAUAAAAUCUUUUCAAAAAAGUUUUAAAAAACA